UAAAAUGGCGAUCUCCACAAACCUACAAACAACUGCGCUACGAACUUUUCCAAGAAGAGGGUACGCGAACGUCGCGACAGUGGUCCUGAUCGAUGACGAUAGUUUCGCAUUAAGCAUGUCGACCAGCCUCAUGAAAACCGUGUACAGUGAUGCGCCUGGCUACAGAUUCCUUCAGAUAUUCUACAAAUUGUGCUUU